AUGAUUAGAGGAUUAUAUAAAUCAUUUUCAAAAUCAUCAUCAUCAUUAUCAAUUUGUUCAUUUACAAAUGAAAAGAGUAAAUCUUUUUUAAAUGCUGUUGUAUCUCAAUCAUCAAGAAACUAUUGUACAACUAAUGGAGAAGAAAAACCAAAAUUAAGACAUGUUUUAAAAAAGUUUUAUUUAAUGAUUCAUCCAGAUACAUUAACUCAAUAUCCAAAUGAAAAGCAUGUUAAUUCAAAUAGUAUGAAAGCACUUAUGUCAAUUGUUGAUGAAUAUAAAAAAAGACCAACACCAGAUUCACAAACAAAAAGAAAUGUUCAAAAAUUAACUUUUUAUGUACCAGAAGAUAAAAUAUCAGGUGAAGAAGCACCAACAUCAAUUGGUGAUCGUAAAUUUAAAAUUAUUGAAUCAGAAUUUUGUCAAUAUUCAAAUAAUCCAAAUCAUAUUCCAAAUCAAAUUAGAUUAUUAUUUGAACAAUGUAAAUUACCAACUAAUUUCCUUACAGAGAUUGAUAAUGUUGAUAAUGUAAUUCAACCAACAAUCGAUGGAUCAUUACAAAAUUUCAUUUUAGAUAAUAAACAUUACAUUAAAAAAAAAUUACAAAUUUCAGAGAAACAUAAAUCUGAACUAGACGCAUUGGUACGUAAAAUCAAGAGAGAUUUAAGAGUGGGUGUUACAAUUGAAACCAAUCCAGUUGACUCAUCAUUCACAUUCCAAGAGAAUUAUCAUGCAUUAUUACACUUUCAAAAUGUUGUUAAAGAGUGGAAAGACAAAGUGGCAGCUGACGCCAAAGACGGCUCAGAAAUUGUAACAAGUGGUCAAUUUAAAUUUAAUCUUAAUUACAAUGACAUCAAUUUCACAGUACCAGAAUUAUGCUGUUAUUUAGAUCGUUCUUCACCAGAUACUUGGGCUGAAUAUUUAAAUAAAUUAAAUCUUUCACUUAUUAAAGAGGAGAAUUUAGAAUUUAGAAAAUCUGAAGAAGCUAAAUUUAAAAUAAUGAAAAAAGAAUCUGAAGAAGCUAGAUCCAAUUUCACAAUACUUGAAAAAUUAUUAAAAUGUCGUUCUUUCCAAUUGGCUGAACAUGAUGAUCCAUCUGAAGAUCCAAAUCUUUAUUUAGAUACAAGUAAACAAAUCACUCAAUCAUUAGCUUUCACUUCAAUGUUAAUCAAAAAUAAAUCCAAAUUAGAAAAUUUAAUGAAAACAAGAUUAAAAAAAGUUAAAUUUGGUAAUAUUGCAAUUGUAGCAAAUUUACAUAAAAGUAAAUUUUGGGUAGAUAUUGAUGGUAAUUUAAAGAUUAAUCCAAAUGUUACAUUUGAAGAAUUUUGUGAUAUUUUAGAAAGUCAACAUAAGAUUGCAAAUGAAAAAGAUAUAUUAUCACAUAAAUAUGAAUCAAUUAGAGAUUAUGCUCAAGUUAGAAUGGGUUUAAAGACUUUAAAUGUUUUAUCCGUAUUCACUUACACUCAUGAUCAUCAAAAAGUAUUUGAUGCAUAUCAAAAAUUAUAUGAUGCUGCCGAUCGUCUUCGUGAUCUCGAUUUAAGUGGUUUCUCAAUCAUCAUAGCUGAUCAUUAUAAUAUUACAAAAUCUGGAAAUUUGAUAAUAAAAUAUGAUUUCAAUACUGAAGAUUUAAUUAAACAAUUAUCAGCUGCAACAAAAGAUGUAAAAGAAGAAGAAGAAGAAGAACAACCAAUUAAUGAAAUAAAACAACAACAACAACAACAACAACAAGAGGAUAUUAAAAUUGAUUUAACAAAUAUUUCAAAUGUUUUAGAACAAUAUGAAAAUCAAAGUAAAUCAAAUAAUAAUAAUAAAACUUUAUAA